AUGUUUACGGUGUUUUUGCCAAAAAAUGAAGAGAAUGGGACAGAUGUUGAAGAGGAUGAGGAUACUGAGAAAUGUAGUUCUGGAGUAAUUGUCGAGGAAAUAAAUUCUGAUCAUGAAAAAGAUCAAAAUCUAAAUAUGUCCGAAUUUAUGUCAUUGAAAUUAAGUGAAAAUGAAACUUUGGAUUUCAAAGAUUGUGGUACAUGGCCUGAAAAAAUAAUAGAUUCUCAAAGAACUCAUAUUGUUAGAAUGAGAAUGAACUAUAUUGAAAAAUUGAAUCUUACUAGAUCUGAAAGAGAAGGGCGUUCUGUUAAUGUUUCUUGGUUUUUCAAAAAUCUUAUAAAUGGAAAUCAAUGUCGACGAACUUGGCUUAGCUACUCCAAAUCAAAAAAUGCAUUAUUUUGUGUACCAUGCAAAUUGUUUUUAAAUUCAAACGACAAAAAUAUAUCAAAAUUAGCAUUAGAUGGGUUUAUUAAUUGGAAGAAAGUGUCAGAAAGAAUACCAGAACAUGAAAAUUCUAAUAUUCAUAAAAAGUAUUUUUGUUCAUGGAAAAUGCUUGAAAUUUCAAUUUGUGAAGGUAAAGGAAUUGAUAUAGAGUUACAAAAUGCAAUAAAAUUAGAAGAAAAUCAUUGA